CAACACCCUCUGUGUGUGAGUGUGCCAGUGGUGAGGUAAGAGAUGGGAGGACAGCCUGAGCCUCACUGAGGAUGGGCGAGAGGGUGAGGGCACCCCAGCUCCUGUACACCAGGACCCAGUGAGUACAGGGUAAGGAGCAGCGCAGCACAGCGCUCACCCUCAGAGCCUCCCCGAAGCCUGCGUCCUCAUGAAAGAUUACAGAGAACCCCAAAGGUUGAGCAGGCCCAGCUAUGGCUCCAUCUCCAGCCCAUCCAGCCCAGAGCCACAGCCAGCACCUCCCGGAAGGCCCUACCUGAGCGAGACGAUCCUCAUCCCAGCUGCAGAACCGGGCACGUUCAGCCUGCGGAAACUGUGGGCCUUCACAGGGCCUGGCUUUCUCAUGAGCAUCGCUUUCCUGGACCCGGGAAACAUCGAGUCGGAUCUGCAGGCCGGCGCUGUGGCUGGAUUCAAACUGCUCUGGGUGCUGCUAUGGGCCACGGUACUGGGCCUGCUCUGCCAGCGACUGGCUGCCCGACUGGGCACAGUGACAGGCAAGGACUUGGGUGAGGUCUGUCAUCUCUACUACCCUAAGGUGCCCCGCACCCUCCUCUGGCUGACCAUCGAGCUGGCCAUUGUGGGUUCAGACAUGCAAGAGGUCAUCGGCACAGCUAUUGCAUUCAAUCUGCUGUCGGUGGGACGAAUCCCACUCUGGGGUGGCGUCCUCAUCACCAUCGUGGACACCUUCUUCUUCCUCUUCCUGGAUAACUAUGGGUUGCGGAAGCUGGAAGCAUUUUUCGGAUUCCUUAUUACCAUUAUGGCCUUGACCUUCGGCUAUGAGUACGUGGUGGCGCGUCCGGAGCAGGGAGCCCUUCUUCGGGGCCUGUUCCUGCCCUCGUGCCCCGGCUGCGGCCAGCGCGAGCUGCUACAGGCCGUGGGCAUCAUUGGAGCCAUCAUCAUGCCCCACAACAUCUACCUGCACUCGGCCCUGGUCAAGUCUCGAGAGAUAGACCGGUCCCGUCGGGCGGACAUCCGAGAAGCCAAUAUGUACUUCCUGAUUGAGGCCACCAUCGCCCUGUCCGUCUCCUUCAUCAUCAAUCUCUUCGUCAUGGCCGUCUUUGGGCAGGCCUUCUACCAGCAAACCAACCAGGCUGCGUUCAACGUCUGUGCCCACAGCAGCCUCCACGACUACGCCCAUAUCUUCCCCAAGAACAACCAGACCGUGGAAGUGGACAUUUACCAAGGGGGCGUGAUCCUGGGCUGCCUCUUCGGCCCCGCAGCCCUCUACAUCUGGGCCGUGGGUCUCCUGGCUGCCGGGCAGAGCUCCACCAUGACGGGCACCUACGCGGGACAGUUCGUGAUGGAGGGCUUCCUGAGGCUGCGGUGGUCACGUUUCGCACGCGUCCUCCUCACCCGCUCCUGUGCCAUCCUGCCUACCGUGCUGGUGGCUGUCUUCAGGGAUGUGAGGGACCUGUCGGGCCUCAACGACCUGCUUAACGUGCUGCAGAGCCUGCUGCUCCCCUUCGCCGUGCUGCCCAUCCUCACCUUCACCAGCAUGCCUGCCCUCAUGCAGGAGUUUGCCAGUAGCAGGCUGAGCAAGGCUGUCACCUCCUCCAUCAUGGCGCUGGUCUGUGCCAUCAACCUCUACUUCGUGGUCAGCUACCUGCCCAGCCUUCCCCAUCCUGCCUACUUCGGUCUGGUACCCCUGCUGGCUGCAGCCUACCUGGGCCUCACCACCUACCUGGUCUGGACCUGUUGCAUCGCCCACGGAGCCACCUUCUUGGCCCACAGCUCCCACCAACACUUCCUGUAUGGAAUCCCUCAAGAGGAGCAGGAGAAGGGGGAGACUUCUUAAAAAGCUCCCACCCAGGGCUUGGUGAGGGAAGGGGGAUGAGGAGGGCAGACACCUGAGCCGUCUGGCCUGCUGGAUGGGGGAAGGGGUGGGCAAAGAGGCAGCAAGAUGGAGUGGGAGAGUUUGGGAGGCAUGCAGGCUUGGGUUCCAUAACGGGACCUGCUGCUUCCCAGCCUGGACAAAUUAUUAACCUCAGUGUCCUCAUCUGAGGACACCACCAACUUUGCAAAGGAUUUAUAGCACUUUAGCACAGUACUUGGCACUUGGGGGCUAAAAAAAAACAAAAAAUUAUUUUAAAAAAUAUGUAUCAAGCAUCUAUAGGGGUGACCCUAACAGACCCCAGACCCACCCAGUGGGGGAAGGACAGAGACUCCAAACUGGCACUUAAAAUAGAGACUGAUGAAUGCUAAAUAAAUGUUAGUUGACUUCUCAUCAAAAGAGCAGCGGAACGGAAACCGGGAAGGAGGCACACAAUCUCAGAACCAUCAAGACCUCCCUACUCGAAAGUCUGGUCCGUUCCUACCCUCGGCUAAGUGGCCUCAGGUUUCCUCUUCCGUCCUCAACCCAUAUUCCAGGCAGUCAAGUAGAAGCGCGGUUUUUCUCCCUACAAGCUCCAGGUCAUAAGGAACCCAAGAGUCCCUGCCUCCGAGGCCCAAUUCAUUUGCCGUCUCCCCAGGGUACAGGGCUGCAGGACUCCCACGCCGCCGCGCAGUUAACGCUCCCUGGGCGCUAGCUAGCUCCCAGCUCCCCCUAGGGGCAGGAACUGUCCCUGCCGUCAGCGCUCCGCGCCUCAGCCUCACCCCUCCCGGCCUUGGGGGCGGGCACUCGGGUCUAGCGCUUCGGGGGCCCCUGAAACCGCCCUGGUGAGGAGGUGGGGUUGCUAUGUGGGCGGGGAACCCCUCUGGCCCCUGGGAGCGGACUGGCGCCCCUUCGCCCGGGCAGGGGCUGCUCUUUACAGACGCUCCCUGGGCUGUUUCUAGGCUCCCCGGGUCUCUCCUGUCUCCUCCCGUCUCCCGGACUCUAGCCCCUGAGCUGGGACGAGCGCGGUGAGCCGAGGCAGGGAGGUCUUUUCCCUGGGUUGAUCCUGGGGCAGGCGCUGUGCCUGAAAGCUUCCCCACCACCACCACCACACACACAAUUUCCCGGGAACCCGGCGGGAUAGGCAGAGCCGGGCUCCGCGCUCAGGUUGAGGCGCUUGUUUAUGAAAAGAAUUUCCUCUUUCUUAAAAGGGCUACGAUGAGAGUGGGGCCCUCAUGGAGGGAAAGGAUAGAACUGGUCUGGCACAUCCAGAGCAGUGGCAGGAGAGGGUCUUGGACAAGAGGGCCACUCACCCUUCGUUCUCCAGGCUUGGUCCUGGAGAAGAUGGGGAGCACCUCAGCUGAAGAAGGGAGUGCAUGGGGGGAGCAGUGGAGAAAGCCGUCUCCCAUAUCCCUGGAGGUGCUCCCCAGCUGUACCCCCUACACACUACUCUUGUCAAUUCACUAGGCAUUAAUUGGGCCUCAAGCCGUGUGCAAGGCCCUGGGCUAAAAGCAGGGGACAGAGGCAAAGACCUGAAAAAAAGAUGUAAGUUCUCCAGAUGCUGCCACUCCAGCUGGGGAGACAGCUAAAUAAACAACAACGACUAUAAAGUGGAUGAGAUGACUGCCUGCAGGCCAGACCUGGAAAGAGGGAGGUAAGGGAGCAAAGAAGGUAAUUCUUGGGGAGGGUUCUGAAAGCAGAAUAGAAGGAAAGGCAGUUGUUGAGGAGGCCCUCCAAUGGCAACUUAUGGGUCAGGACUGGGGAGACCCUAGAGGGAUGGGCAGGCUGAUCAUAGGAAUGGUGAAGCCUAGGACUCUGAACUUGAGGGUAAAGGAGAUGGGGGGAGGCAGGGACCAGAGGGCCAGCUAAGGGGUGGCCCUGGGCCUGGGGAAAAGGGUUAGUGAUGAGGCCUGGCUAAGGUCAGUCUUUUCCUGGUCAAGGAGAUCAAGAAGGGGCUAGUCCCCUCCCCUCUGCACAUCCAUACCUACCCCUGUGGGAGAGGAGCCCUGGUCCUCCCAGCUCCCAAGCUCAGAUCUAACUUGGAGGGAAUGCUGUUUCCCUUCUUGAAGCUCAUUUUAGCCCCUUAGGUUGGACAUGACCUGGAUGCCCCCCCCCUUUCCCUCAGGAGCUUGCUGAGGACACCCUGCCUUCUGCACUGCCCCCUGCCCUCGGUUUGGGCUCCUACCAGCCCCAUUUGGCAGAACGAGAACUUGAGGUGCUGCACAAGAGAACAGGUCGCCAGGCUGAGCCCAGCUGAGGCUGGGGUUUCCUGAUUCACAGCCCCCACGACUUUGUUUCUGGGGGUGCAAAGCCACGAAACAGAUGAAAAUAAAUUGUGUGGGUGAAGACACCCCCAGUUUCUGGGGUAGAGGGGGGACUAGUCAAAGGGCCCAGUGCAGAAACCCAAAGAACCGCCCCUCACCCCCAAAAGAACAGAACACGAGGGUCUCACAAAGACCCUCCUGACUCACCUCCUCAAUCACCCCCACCCUGGGAGACAGAACUGAGGUGUACCUUGGCCCCGCCGCCAUGGCGCCUGAGAGAAGGCAAGGUCGUCCAGGGAAGAGACCCCCCACCAGCACUGGCUUGGACGGGGCAAUACGGGCCGUGUGUUAGGGGCGGCAGGUGAGGAGUCCUGCGAGCACAGGGUGGCCCGAUGGAGGAGGUGGGGGUAGGGAGAGGGGCAGUGGCCGGACCCUGCCCAGUGCCCUGUCCCGCCUCCGCCUCAGCAACUUUGAACCUCACGGGGAAACCUCCAAUCGGAAGGUGAGCCGGUCUGCUCGGGCCAGGGGCCCACUGAGUCCUGGGACACUCUUCCCUUUGGGAACGGUGCUGAUCCCCGUAUCCUCAAAUAAAGCUGAGACUCCGCCCCGGAGGCCGGCUCUAAGGAUAGGGGGCUCGGUUUUGAAACUGGAAUCCCGCCCCUGCCACUCGAGGUCGCUUCACUUCCCAGAACUCAAGUGUCCUUAUCUGUGAAGUAGGAUAAAAAUGGGGUCGUGCCAAGGAGUAAAUGAGUUAAGGGGGUAGAAGGCGCAGCCAGAGCGGGACGCCGGGGAAGCGUUCGCUACAUGCUAGCGGUUGUGCUGAAAGUAAAGUGCCGUAAUGGCGGCUCUGCGGACGCCGUAACUGCAGGAGGAGGGCCGUCGGAUCCAGCCUGGGGGUGGGAGUCGCAGCCUCCGACACACCCCUCCCGUCGCGGGCCCGGAGCUGGCGCGCCCGCAGGCCGGCGCCCGCUCCCCUCCCCUCCCCUCCCGCUCCCCCUCCGCGGGGCCUGGCGGACGUGCGCCGCGCUUUCACCCGGCGGCUGGACGGGACAGGACGCGCCCGCCCCGCCCUGCCGCGAGGCCCGUUGGGGAAGGAAGUGCCGAGGUGUGUUUGUCAAGACUUGGAGUUAUUAUUAUUUUUUAAAUUGUGAACACAAAAUGGUAAUGACGAAUGGCAGGAACUUCAUAAACAGGAAAAAAAAAAAAAAGAUAAGAAAAAACCCAAAACCCUCUCAA